AUGCACCUCAUUCUACUUAGACAUGGAUCCAGGCUGGACAAAGGUAUUGGAUCUUCGUCAGAUUCACAUGCGAAUGAUGCGUCUACGUGGCUGGCUCCUUUUGAUCCUCCCUUGAACAUGGAAACCGCUCCCAGACAAAUAGAACUGGCUGUGAAAAAGAUCAAGGGUAACCUGAGAUUUGAGCAGAGGAAAGACCCCAAAAUUUAUGUUCAUUCCAGUCCUUAUAACAGAUGUGUGCAGACCGCUGAGUUGUUGUUGGCGUCUCUCAACCAGCCAUGCACUGUCAAGCUGAGAGUUGACAAGGCGCUGUCAGAAUGGCUUCACAGUGAUUUUGAUACCAAGUAUUUGCCACCAAAUGAUAGUGGUGCGUCCAUGAUCAGCAAUAUCAACAACUACAUCCACAAUUUUGCAGAUAAUGACACGUUGAAAAGGGCAAAGGAUCCCAUGUGGGUGUACAAUCGACUGGGUGAGUGUGGCGACUAUGGUGAGUCAUUAAAGGAGCUCAAAAGAAGGUGUUUCAAAUUUCUGACCAGUUUUUUGCAAUUCUAUGCCAGAUCCCAAAAAAGUGGCGAAGAUAAAAACUCUGUGAUAGUGAUCAUCUCCCACGGAGCCGUGAUAUCCACGUUAUUACAAAUUCUGCUGAACAGAUCGGUGUUCAACGAGAUUCCUCUGGCGACCCCGAUAUAUUUCAAACAAUCAUCCAAUAAGAGAACGGUGUUCAACAUCACUGAUUACGAUAAGAAUUUGUCAUCCAUAUUGUCGAUAUCCAAUGACCGCGACCUGCAUUCUUUGCUGAGAUCGGAGAUUGAUCUGGACCUGCUUGAGUUGGACAACAUCUACGAGGAGUUUGAGCCUAGUUUGCCAACUACAAAAACCAGAGGAAGACCCAGAAGCAGCACAUAUCAGCCUCCUUCUAUGAGUUUGAGUGCUCCAACGGGAGGAUUCAACAAUGGUGAGACGUCGGAUGAGGAGCCCAUCAGGCACAGUCAUUCUUCCAGACAGCUCAGAUCUUUGGAGAUUCCGUCUGGGGAUUCUAAGACCGGCGAAUCAAAGUUCCUGGAUGUUGGGAAACUGGCUACUUAUUUUGGGGGUUACUCGGGUUCGGAUUCGGAAUCGGAAUCGGAAUCGGACUCAGAGUCGGAUCCUGGAGCUGAGGAUGACAUGGAGCACAAAGACGUGCUCAGCAUGUCGGUAAAACCCAAGGGUGCGAUCUCAACACCUCGGAUAGAUGCAAAAGCCACGGAAAGUUCCGAAAAUGAGAAAUCUGGGGGACUCUCUGCGCUCUACAGAAGGUACGGCCUUGACGAAGAGGACUCCACAGAUAACGACUCCAAAGAGUUUGUUUUGGGUUUCGGAAACCAAGAGCUCGCCAAACGCGAGACUGUAGCCACAAGCGUUUCUGAUAUACAGUCGCUGACGGUUCCGCAUUCAAGACCUAGGUCAGGGUCUUACUCGCUGUCAGAUUACCAAUCGCAAGCCAACUUGACAAAACAACAUGGAGUCAUAGAUGGCACCUUCUCAAAUUUCUACUUCGAUACGCCGAAGUCGGAAGAGAAAGGAUCAUCGACAUCUUUCCUAGAGUACUUGAAAACGAAGAAACCAAAGAAAGCCAUCACUAUCAUUUCAACAAUGUUCAACACCAGCAAGAAGACGAGGCCUUCGGAUAACUUUGUGGAGACGUCAUCGCUCGAGAGUCUGGCCAAGCCCACAUCGUCUUCUGAUUCUGGAGAGAAGAGGUUUAAAAUUUCCGGCUCUGGAAGAGACAGUUUUGGGUGCUACAGCAGUCCUGGAUUUGCCAAGAGCGAAGAUGAUGGAAGCUGGUUUGGUGGAAACGUCCUUCAGAGGGUGUGA